AUGAAAGUACAUAAGAGAAUGGGCAUGGGAAAUCACUCCAUAGUGUCUGAAUUUAUUCUUGUGGGGUUAACAGAUCAACCAGAACUGCAGCUCCCCCUUUUCUUCCUGUUUUUAGGAAUGUAUUUUCUUACUGUUAUGGGAAACUUGGGCUUGAUCAUUUUGAUUGGACUGAAUUCUCACCUUCACACUCCCAUGUACUUUUUUCUCUUUAAUUUGUCUCUCAUAGAUCUUUGCUACUCUACUGUUAUUACUCCCAAAAUGCUGGUGAGCUUUGUUUCAGAGAAAAACAUUAUCUACUACUCUGGGUGCAUGACUCAGCUCUAUUUCUUUCUUUUUUUGGUUGUGUCUGAGUCCUUUAUUCUUUCAGCUAUGGCUUAUGAUCGUUACGUUGCUAUUUGUAACCCCCUGCUUUAUAAUGUGACCAUGUCUUACCAAGUCUGUUCUCUGCUAUUGUUAGGGGUGUAUGUGAUGGGGUUUUCUGGAGCUAUGGCUCAUACAGGUUUCAUGAUGAGAUUGGUCUUCUGUGAUGUCAACACUGUCAAUCACUAUAUGUGUGAUAUACUUCCCCUCCUAGAGCUCUCAUGUUCUAGCACCCAUGUUAAUGAGUUAGUGGUUUUCAUUGUUGUGGGCAUUGACAUUGGAGUCCCCACUAUCACCAUCUUUAUCUCUUACGCUUUAAUCCUCUCCAGUAUCCUCCGCAUUAACUCCACUGAGGGUAGGUCCAAAGCCUUCAGCACCUGCAGCUCCCACAUAAUUGCUGUUUCCCUUUUCUUUGGGUCAGGGGCAUUUAUGUAUCUCAAACCUUCCUCCCUUCUAUCCAUGAGCCAAGGGAAAGUGUCUUCUUUAUUCUACACCAUUGUGGUGCCUAUGCUAAACCCUAUGAUCUAUAGCCUAAGGAAUAAGGACGUCAAAUUGGCUCUGAGGAAAACUCUGAAUAGAGUGUUCUGA